CCAGUGCCGCAGCUGCUGUACGGAGGGAAGCUGGACUUCCUCGUCUUCGACUACCUCUCCGAGGUCACCAUGGCGCUGCUCGCCGCUGCCAAGGCCCGCUCGCCCGUUCUGGGUUACACUCCUGAUUUUGUCUCCACUGCAAUGGCUCCUUAUAUAAAAGACAUUCACAGGAAAGGUGUUCGUGUCAUCAGUAAUGCUGGUGGAAUUAACCCACAUGCUUGUGCAGCUGCCCUUCAAGAGGUGGCAAAGAAAGCAGAUGUUGACUUGAAAAUAGCUGUUGUUGCUGGAGAUGACCUAAUGAGUGAGAAAGAGAACCUGAAAGGAUCUGGUAUCGUUGAUUUAGAGAGUGGCAAGCCGUUUCCAGAGAGCAUUUAUAGCAUGAAUGUGUAUCUUGGAGCAAGACCAAUAAGCAGGGCUCUUGACCUCGGAGCUGAUAUUGUUGUGACUGGUAGAUGUGUUGACAGCGGGAUUGUAUUAGGACCCCUCAUUCAUUCAUUUGGCUGGAAUAGGGAUGAAUUUGACUUACUAGCUGCGGGAAGCCUUGCAGGUCAUCUCAUUGAAUGUGGUGCUCAGUGUACUGGUGGAAUAUUCACUGACUGGCAUGCAGUACCUGACUGGCAUAACAUAGGCUUUCCCAUUGUAGAAUGUUCCUCUGAAGGAGACCUGAUUAUUUCCAAACCACCCGACACAGGAGGGCUGAUCUCCUUUGGCACCGUGGCCGAACAAUUGCUGUACGAGGUUGGCAACCCACAGCGCUAUCUCUUGCCAGAUGUCACGUGUGACUUUUCUGAAGUUUCCAUCACAGAAAUUCCAGGUAUUGAAGGUGGGGCAGUGAAAGUUCAUGGAGCAAAAGGAUCACCGCCUUCAAAAUUUUAUAAGGUGAGUGCCACUUACCUUGAUGGUUUCAGAGCUACUGCUGUCUGCCCAGUGGGAGGGCCAAAGGCUGUGCAAAAGGGAAAAUGUACUGCGGAAAGUAUUCUGAAAAGGACUCGUCUUAUUUUCAGUCAGCUUGGGUAUGAAGAUUACAGUGCAGUUAACAUGCAGGUUUUAGGGUCUGAAGAUACAUAUGGACCUCACGCUAGAAGAAGUAUAGACGGUCAGGGUCCUCGGGAAGCUGUUAUUUGGCUUGCUGUACACCAUAAACAAAAAGAGGCUUUAGAAAUCUUCUCCAAAGAGAUUGCACCAGCUGGAACAGGAAUGGCACCCGGUCUCACAGGAGUUGUUGGAGGGCGUCCGCGAGUGUCCCCGGUUUUGAAACCAUUCUUCUUCCUUUAUCCCAAAAGCAAUGUCCAGAUCAACCUUUUUUUAAAUGGAGAACAUGUGGAGACAUUUGAGGAAGAUCUCACAUUUACUUCAGAGGAAGUUCUUUCCAAUGAUCCACCUAAGAUGAACAGUGAAUUGAAAGAUCUGCCAAGUGGUCCACACACUUACCGCUUAGAAGACCUUGCCUAUACUAGAAGUGGAGACAAAGGCAACUCCGCAAACAUAGGUGUGAUAGCACGGCAUCCCCUCUACUAUCCAUACCUAAAGAAAACCUUAACUGCCCAGGCCUUGGAGAGCUACUUCCAGCACCUUUUAGAGCGAGAACAACCUGAAGAGAAACUAGUAACAAGAUAUGAGUUGCCAGGAAUCCAUGGAUUAAAUUUUGUUCUGAAGAAUUCCCUUGGUGGUGGUGGCAUAGCGUCCCUAAGAAGUGACCCACAGGGCAAAGCACUUGGACAGAUGCUGUUGGAUUUCCAGAUAAAGAAUGUUCCUGAUUUAAAAUCACUUAUAGAAUAAUAGGUGUUUGACAAAUAUACUUUCAACAUUUUGAGCGGUGUAAAAGCAUGUUAUA